AUGGGGAAAACUCUUGGAGAACAGAUUCACGGUAUUUCCGAGGGACGAUUGAGCGAGAAAGUGAUUGUGAGAACGUCAGUCAGAUCGUCAAUGAGAAAUACAAUCACAAAAGCCAUCAAGAAUACUCUCAGACUUGGAUCAGCCGAGCCAUCAGACCCGAAAAGAAAAGAAAGAGAUCGAAGCUCAAGCUCUUCAUCAGCAAUUCCACGAUCUGCUUCAAGUAGUGGAACGAAUCUUCAUUUACAGUUAAAUCAGAAUUGUGAAGGGAAAACCCACUCAAGUCUUAUCAAUAUUCCCAGGCAUAGCAGUCUGCGGUAUCCAGGAAAUGGACUACGACAAGCUCAAGCAUUAAGUGGAGCCUCUCCCGUUCAACAAAGAUUUCCAAUGUCCGUUUCUUUUUAUGAGCCAGGAAACUAUUUCGAAAAAUCAAAGAAAGAAGAAAAGAGUCAGGUUAGUUCAAAGUUGGAGAAAGUAUUUUGUGAUGGAGAAUGGAUUUCGGGAUCUGCACCAAUUAUACAUGGUGAUCAUUCAACACAAAUCGCACAUAACUAUCGUUCAGUUUUCAAAGAAAGUCCAAAUCGUGGUACUCGAUUUGCAUUGUCCUCUUCUCACGGAGGACUUGAUCAAAAAGAAAUCGAUGAUUCAUCUCAUCAUCACAAUCCUCAUAAUAUUGGAUACAAUCAUCGGGAUUCCGGCCUUUUCACUUCACAAUCAUGCAAAACUCUUCAAUCAUCACCCAGUCUCACCACUUUAAGAGAUUUUGACAUGAGCAAUGAGUACGAUGAUCCGUGUGAAUUUGAUUGCAAAUCCGUCAUUUCAACAGCUUCAACCAGUCGAAUAUCUGAUCGAAAAAGGAAUUCUCAUCAUAUUCGAAGCUUUCUCAAAAGUCCCGGCCUCUUUCAGAAGAUGUUUUGUCCUGGAUCACUUUUUGGCGGCAUUCAUUUUCCUGGAGUGCGACUACGGAAAGAUCGGGGAAUCAAAAAAGAUGCGUUGGAAGCGGGAUUUGAAGUUCCCACCCGUCGUCUUUCUCGUUUGGCCGUCAAAGAUGGUGGCGGAAGCGAGUUUGAUCCACGAGUUUUCCUCAAUUCAACGCUCGCAUCGAUCGAAUAUUCAACUCCAAUGGAUCCACAUGUGACACAUUUUAAUGACCGUAAUUACUCAUUACAUCAAUACUCUUCUCAUAACGAAUACGCUGGAUCUCCACAACGACCGAAUCAGAUGAAUUUUCCCUCUUCUCCUCCAAAACAUUCUCAACUUCUCAACGUGACUCCACCAAAUAAUGGACGAAUCACUCCAACGCAUCUCAGUCAGCGUCGAAGUGUGCCCGUUGUUCGCCCUCAACCCGUCAAUCAUUUCACCAAUCCAACUUCACAAAUCAAUAAAGUUGUUGUUCCACCGCAAACACGUCGGAGUGGACAGGAAAGACGCGGGGAAAAUGGGAUAAAUGCAAUGGUUGUGGAACGUCGAAGCUCGAAUCCGUCAAGUGGACACAAUUCUGCGGUCAUCGUUCCAACCUAUCGAACGCAUCCAAAUGACUCAACGCCGACGAAUCGACAGCACAAAGAUUCUUUCUUCACGCGAGAAGUUCUUGUUGAUGCACCGCCAUCAAACGAAGCGAUGCGAUUGGAGAAAAUCGAACAAAGACUGCGAAGUCUCGAAUUGGAUCAAACUGCACAAGCAGUGGUUCCUGUGGCUGUAACAAGUCCAACUCUCGGUUUUCAUUCUUUUGAACAAAUCGUCAACGAUAGAGACAACGAGAUAUCAAGUCUACAGAAUAAACUUCGAAAAACGCUCGCUCAACAAGAAAUCGAGCAACGCGUGCAUGCAAGUGAUUUGAGCAAAUGUCGAAGGGAAAAUCAUGAAUUGAAGGAUGAAUUGCAUCGAGUAAAUGAAAGACUCUCAGCACUCGAAUCGGAUUACAAUGUUUGCGAGCAAUAUCAAGAGCGGAUUGGCAUGCUCGAAAAACAAUUAGAAAAAGCAGCUGAAGAUCAAUUUUUUGCCGAAUUCAAGGCUCAAAAUCUGGCAAAAGAUGUGGAAGAAAAGGAUGCGCGAAUAAAAGAACUUGAGGCUGAAUUGGGGGCAAUUCGAGCUGAGCAUCUUUCCUACGGACAAUCUUGCUCAUCUGGAUCGACACCUGUUGUGGAUGAGCUUGAGACAGCGACAAUGGAUGGAUCAAUGAUUGGAAAUGAUGGAACGCCAAUAAUAGCACACGAUUCGACAAGGAAAAUGUACAAAAAGGCUCAUUCCACUUUGGGUGCCUCAAUGUCUCCAUCGGUUUCAAAUGGCCAACUUUCCUCAUCACAAAGCUAUCUCACCGCACUCGGCAGUCAAAGUCAUCUAAGAAAAUCGAUUUCCAAUUUUCAAAUUGAUCAUCGAAAUCUGAAAGGAGAUGUGACACCGGCAAUCACUCAAUUGAUUCAAAAGCAAGGGAAAUACCUUCUCGAUGCAAGAGUGCUGACGAAAGCCUUAGCUGAAUUGGCCUCACAAGUCGAGAAUGGAAGUAGCGCCGAUUUGACGAGUAUCACGCAGAUUCAAGCCCUUGCGUUUGAUUCGAUGUCCGAAAGUGAAGCAGAGAUGUUAGCCUCGAAUACGCCAGCGAUGAGUAUGGAUGAAGCGCAAAGAAAACUCGAAAAACAACAAAGCAAACUAAACGGAAUCACAAAGGAUUUGGAUGAUUUGACAAGAACAUUGACAAGUCUUUAUUCGGAUCGAAUCUCGUCUCUCAGACAAAGAGAGAUGACAGACGAUGAUGGAUGUCGGAUACAA